CAGAAGACUUCUGCUUACCUGUCAGUCGUAGCCAAAUUCAUGUGAAUUAGUUAUUUGUGAGUCAGACUCCUGUUCUGACAGGAGGGAGUAUCUUGUUUGUAUCUGUUUAAUCAUGGACAGUUGUGGGAGAAAAGUGGUGGUCUGUGACAAUGGGACAGGGUUUGUCAAGUGCGGCUUUGCUGGAUCGAACUUCCCUGACCACAUCUUCCCCGCCAUGGUGGGUCGACCUAUCAUACGGUCGACCAACAAAGUGGGCAACUUUGAGAUAAAGGACCUGAUGGUGGGUGACGAGGCCAGUGAGUGUCGCUCCAUGCUGGAGGUGUCCUACCCCAUGGAGAAUGGCAUGGUGCGCUGUUGGGAUGACAUGCUCCACCUGUGGGACUACACCUUUGGUCCCGACCGUCUGAACAUCAACCCAUCAGAAUGCAAGGUCCUGCUGACUGAGCCACCUAUGAACCCCACAAAGAACCGGGAGAAGAUCACAGAGGUCAUGUUUGAGAAGUAUCAGUUCCAUGGCAUUUAUGUGGCAAUUCAGGCUGUGCUCACUCUGUAUGCUCAGGGUUUGCUGACCGGUGUGGUUGUCGACUCAGGGGACGGUGUCACCCACAUCUGUCCUGUGUAUGAGGGCUUUUCUUUACCCCACCUCACACGCAGGUUGGACAUCGCAGGGCGUGACAUCACACGCUACCUCAUUAAGCUCCUGCUUCUCCGUGGUUAUGCUUUCAACCAUUCGGCUGACUUUGAGACUGUGCGCAUGUUGAAGGAGAAGCUCUGCUACGUGGGAUACAACAUUGAGCAGGAGCAGCACCUGGCCACAGAGACCACCUACCUGGUGGAAACGUACACACUUCCUGACGGCCGACAGGUGAAGGUGGGUGGAGAGAGGUUUGGGGCCCCUGAAGCUCUCUUCCAGCCACAUCUCAUCAACGUGGAGGGAGCAGGAGUAGCUGAGCUGCUGUUUAACACCAUCCAAGCAGCAGACAUUGACCUCAGGGCAGACUUCUAUAAGCACAUUGUUCUGUCAGGAGGGACCACCAUGUACCCCGGCCUUCCAUCCAGACUAGAAAGAGAGAUCAAGCAGCUCUACCUGGAGAGGGUGCUGGAGGGGGACACUGAGAAACUAUCAAAGUUUAAGAUCCGCAUCGAGGACCCUCCCAGGCGCAAACACAUGGUGUUCCUGGGCGGCGCAGUGCUGGCCAACAUCAUGAAAGACAAGGACUCCUUCUGGCUGAGCCGGGCGGAGUACGAGGAAAAAGGCCUGGGAGUGCUGCAGAAACUGGGAGGUGGAAUCCGAUAAAAUUUGAGCUGAUAAAGGAAAAUGGGCAUCAUCAAAGUAUUUUCGAUUUGUAUAUCAACUUGUCACAUGACGCUCCUUCAUUCCUAAGGUGGGCAGCACUUCAAGCUUAUGAAUGAGCAGGUGGUGGGCAUAAGAGAGGAUUUAGAGGAAGUAUAAAUAUGUUUGGGACACACUGAACUGUCACAGUUUAUGGAUACGUCAUGAAAGGUUCAUAAGGUUAUGGGGUGAUACAGUUUAUUUUUAACAUUUGUGUGGCCAUAAAUACCAAGCCCAUAUUUAAUCCAGACAUCCUGUUACUCUGUAAAGGACUACUGGAAACAACGAUAAAGUUAUGUUAACAUGUGCGGGAAAACACCAAGUGACUGAUGAAGAAAAUGUGAAGGGAUAAAUAAAAAAGAACAAUAAAAAAUGUAAAUGUUUAAAACAAUAUGGAACGUUGUAGCUUUAUAUUUAAUUGUAAUUUCUCACAAGAUUACAAAGAUUUUUUUUGCAUCCAUUCAUGAAAUGUGGGAGGAUUGAAAGUGUCAUCUUUUUAUGACGCUUUAAAAUAUUUUUUGUCAAACAUGCUUAUUCAAAUAAAAUAUCAAAUCUGUUGGGGCGUCAGCAUAAAACACAUGAGAGAGUACUGGCAGUUAAAAGGCUGCAGAAUAAAACGAUGGUGGUAUGUGCUGCCCUCUAGUGGUCAAGUCCGUUUAAGACAAUUCAAAUCUCCACAUCCACAAUCCCACUACAACAUAAAACUGGAUGUAAGAACAUUGUGAACAGAUAUUGCAAUUUUUAUUGCGAUACUGAGUUACCUGACAAAAUACAGUAAUGUGUUUUUACACUGAAAAGAAAUAGUGAGCUCUCACAAUGAACACAUGCUUCACGCACACACAUACCACAUUCGCAGAACCUUCACGUUAAAUGAAAAAGCAUGCAAUAAUGUUCAAAACACAUCAUAGUCCUCAAAGUGAACCUCCUUUAAAAACUCCAGACAUGUCGCAAAUCCAUACUUAGGUUUGAUAUCUACCCAGCAAAUUGAACAAUUAAAAGUUAGUUUUAAAUACACAAGGUGAUAAUUGAUAAAGACACUGAGUCGAACAGUCAGUUGAUAGUGAUGACUUGCAGCAGGAGUCACCAGAGGCUGGUGACUUUGACUUGUACAUUCUACCAGUCACCGUGAGGUCCUGGUCUAUUGGUCAGACUGUCCUCUCAGUCCAGGUUGUAACGCGGUGUUAUCUUGCAGUACGGCCAAGAGAAACAGCAGAACCGAAAAGCAGUGAAUAGAAAUGUGAAAUGAAUUGUGAAGGGAUUAAAGUCUGACACGCAAAAAAAAAAAAAAAAUUAAUACAUUCGCAAGUCAUUCAGUAAAUCUGUUGCAGGUUGUCCCAGUGUGUUGAUGUGAUGCUGUUUUUGUUUUUUUUUUAUUCGCACAUGGUUUUAAAAACAGAGAGCUGAUGCUUUUCUAUCACUUCCCUCCUACUCGCUCAUUACUCCACCUGCCAAAAACACUUAAUAGAAUACGCGAGCAAGGAGGAGAGUCUGUGCCUUUUCUCCAAAAAACAGCAAAAAUAAAAACUGUCUCUGUGGGUGACUCUAAAAAUAAAGAGCUGAUUUAAAGCUUCUCUCGA